CAAAUAAUCACUCAUGAUAUCAUCCUGUGCACGGUUUAGUGACCGCAUAUGGAAGGCGUUGCCUGCUGGCUCGGACUCGUCCGAUAGAUAGUUUGCUAGAAUCCUAGAAGCUACAACUACGGAGCUGUAAAGCUCCAUGGCUUCUCUCUUCCCUCUUUCUCUCGUUUACUUCUCUCUUGCUUCUUACUCAAUUGAAGUUGUCAAAAUGCGGCUCACUACACUCACUCUUCUCAGCUCUGUGCUCUUCGGAGUCUCUCACGGUUCCCUCUAUGGAGAGAGCAAUCUGAACCACACAUGUCAAUUGCGUUUGCUUCACCCUCCCCUCCAAGUGCCAUGUUCUCACAGACUACUAGAAACUCCCUAUCUCUCUUGCUCAAAAGAAGCCUUCCCAAACAUCACCGAUUCUUGCUGUACCGAAACCUUUGGCGGUCUCGUCCUGAGCACCCAAUUCUGGGACACCUACACUGGCCUCGAGUCCAAGGGCCAAGUGCUGCCCAAAAACACAUGGACACUGCACGGUCUCUGGCCUGACUUCUGCAACGGCUCGUUCACGCAAUACUGUGAUCUAAACCGUCAAUACGACCCCGUCCCCUCUCCAAACACCACAACUGGGACCUCCUCCGGUACCCCCGUGCCCCCCUAUACGGGGCCAAGCAUCAGCUCCUUCCUCGCGCCCCUGGGCAAGCUCGACCUCCUUGCUUACAUGAACAAAUACUGGAUCUCCCAAGGCUCGCCCAACGGCGAUUUCUGGGGCCACGAGUUCAGCAAACACGCUACAUGCUUUUCGUCUUUCGAUUUACCUUGCUGUGGUCCUUCCUACACUAACCAUAGUGAUGUGGUGGAUUUCUUCCAGACUGCUGUGCAAUAUUAUGCCAACUUGCCCACCUAUGGUUGGCUCUCAGCGGCCGGUAUUCGACCUUCAAACGCAACGAGGGUUAGUUUAACGGACCUGCAAAGCGCGCUGACAAAGGGCUUCGGCGCGUUGCCGUAUAUUGGGUGCUCGGGACCCAGGUAUAAUACCACGGAGGCAGGGAAGGGGAGUUUGGAUAAUGGGUUCACGGAACUGAGUGAGGUGUGGUAUUAUUAUCACGUUUAUGGACGCGUGCAGAGGAGUCAGGGACUCCCAGUUAAUGCGAGUAUUAAUGGGGGGAGUGUGAGUUCUUGUGCGAAGGCUAGUAGCGCGUUGUUGUAUCCGCUGAGGGCUGUGGGGAGUGAUGCUUGAGGGGUUUAGUGCGUGGAAGAGAGGGGAAAGGUAAUGGGGAAGAUGAUGAGUUGAUGGUUAAUAGCUAAUGAGAUGCUUUUCGUAUGCUGAUUUUGUUGUCCACUUGGUAGCCGUCCAGGGCAUUGCAGUACUGCUAUAAUUGACGAGUUCUUGCACUUGUUUCCGGUACCCAUAACCAAAGCCUAAAACCAAAUUGCAGGUAUAUGCUCCCCAACAUUGCCUCUAAACUCCAUUUUUAUCUCUCCCCUGUCUUCAUCAUAGCCCAUCU